AUGGGCGGCGGACACGGUAUCCGCUCAGUUGUCUACUACGUGAAUUGGGCACCGUACGCACGCAAUCACCAUCCUCAGGAUCUCCCAGCCGAGAAUCUCACUCACGUUCUCUAUGCCUUUGCCAACGUCAAGCCCGAUAGCGGCGAGGUCUAUUUGACGGAUCCUUGGUCUGACACUGACAAACAUUACGAUGGUGACAGCUGGAAUGACACGGGGACAAAUGUGUACGGGUGCGUGAAGCAGCUCUUCCUCCUGAAAAAGAGAAACCGCAACCUCAAAGUCCUGUUGAGUAUCGGAGGCUGGACCUACUCCUCAAACUUCGCCCAGCCGGCCAGCACACCCGGUGGCAGGAGGCACUUUGCAGAGACAGCCGUCAAACUGCUAGAGGACCUCGGAUUCGACGGCAUCGACAUUGACUGGGAGUAUCCCAAGAAUGAAAGCGAGGCGGAAGACUAUGUCAAACUGCUCCAGGAGACCCGCCACGCAGUCGACGCGGCAGCUGCUAAGCGGCAGCAUACGAGGUUCUACUUGACCGUCGCGUGCCCUGCUGGACCGUCCAACUUUGAGAAACUGAAGAUCGCCGAGAUGGACCGCCUGCUCGACUUUUGGAACCUGAUGGCAUAUGACUAUGCCGGAUCCUGGGACCAGCGUGCGGGACAUCAAGCAAAUCUAUUCCCUUCCCGAUCCCACCCUCAGUGUACACCGUUCAGCACCGUGGCCGCCAUCGAACACUACACCAAGCACGGAGUACAUCCAUCCAAGAUUGUGCUGGGAAUGCCAUUGUAUGGCCGAACCUUCCUCUCAACGUCCGGACCCGGACAUUCGUUCAACGGGGUAGGCGAAGGAAGCUGGGAGCAGGGUGUCUGGGACUUCAAAGCACUCCCCAAGCCCGACAGCACCGAGUACCACGAUCGUGAAGUUGGUGCCAGCUGGAGUUACUCCCCUUCCUCAAACACCAUGAUAAGCUACGACACGCCUAACGUGGUCGCUCAGAAGGCGAACUUUGUUCAAGAUUAUGGGCUCGGUGGUGGCAUGUGGUGGGAGAGUUCGGCCGACAGGCCCGCCGGACAGGGCAGUCUGAUCGAGACCUUUCUCAGGCAGAGCGGUGGGCCGAGUCGACUGGAAGACGUCAAGAACUGCCUGGAAUAUCCUGAGAGCAAAUACGACAAUUUACGGAACAAGUUUGAAUGA